AUGAUCGGCUGCGGAAGUGCUAGUGGUGUCUCAAUUCCACCUUUUUUCGUAUUCCCAGGGAAAAGAAUGAAUUCUGAUCUUUUGAAUGGGGCCUCACCUGGAGCUUCAGGGACUAUGUCGGAAAGUGGUUGGUCAAAUACUGAUGUGUUCAGGAAGUACUUGAAAAAUCACUUUAUGAAGUUUGCACCUGGCCGCCAAGGAGAGAAGAUCAUUCUUUUACUAGAUGGUCAUCGUUCCCUUGUUGCAUUUGACCUUAGUGAGUGGGCUAAACUGAUGAAUAUCAUUAUCUUUGUGUUACCAGCCCAUACAAGUCACAUAUUGCAACCCCUUGAUGUGGCUUGCUAUGGGCCCUUUCAAAGGAUAUAUAACAACCUUUGUCACAAGGUUAUGAGACAGACCUCAGAUGCUAUAACAAGAUACAAUAUUCGUGAAAUAGCCUGCAAAGCAUACUCCAAGGAUUUGUGUGCAGAGAACUUGCAUGCAGCUUUUCAGAGGACAGGUAUUUAUCCCAUAAAUAAGGAGGCCAUCCCAAGGAGCAUAUGA